UACUUUUUUAAUUUCAUUUUCUCUACUUUUCUCUUUUGUCACACUUUCAUUUUUUUGUUCUCAAAUCAUGGAGGCAACAGAAUUGCAUUAGCUUCAUUUUCUCUCACACUUCCACAAUCCUAAAAACUUUCUGAUCUUCCAGUGAAUUAUGCUAAAGAAGAGAUCAAGAAGCAAGCAAGCUUUAAUGGCGGAACCAAACCAGAGUCAGAAUCAGAAGCAGAGUAAACCGACGCCGUUUCCAAGGCUCUUCACAGCUUUUAGUAGCUUUAAAAGCUUCACUGAAAACGACGCCGUCGCGAGUCCAACUUCGAUCCUCGACACCAAACCUUUCUCUGUUUUGAAAAACCCUUUUGGAUCCGAUAACCCGAAAACCCACGAACCCGAAACCCGUCUCAAACUCGAACCCAAAAGAAUCGGACUCGCCAUUGUCGAUUCUUUAAUCCAAGACGAAACACCCGAACCCGGCCCGAGAUCCGGGACUAUUCUAUUCGGGUCUCAGCUUCGGAUCCGGGUCCCGGAUUCUCCACGUUCGGAUUUCGGGAUCAAAACGAAGAAUUCUCAACCGGAGACGAAGAAGCCGGAUCCUGGGUCGGGUCUUGGGUCGCCCCGAAUCAUCUCCGGCUAUUUCUCGGCGAGUGAUAUGGAGUUAUCGGAGGAUUACACAUGCGUGACGUGUCACGGGCCUAACCCGAGAACCAUUCAUAUAUUCGAUAACUGUAUCGUAGAGAGCCAACCCGGCGUCGUUUUCUUCCGGAGCUCCGACCCGAUUAAAGAAUCGGAUUCGGAUUAUUCCCCACCCGACAGUUUUCUCAGUUCUUGCUGUAACUGUAAGAAGAGUCUUGGACCUCGUGAUGACAUUUUCAUGUACAGGGGAGAUAGAGCUUUCUGUAGCAGUGAAUGCAGGUCCAUUGAGAUGAUGAUGUCAGAGGAAAAUGAUAUUAAAUGAAAUAAGUUUUUAUUGAGUUA